CCGCCGCGCUCGUUCCACACCGUCUCCGCCGCCGGCCGUCGCCAUGGGCAUCAAGGGUUUGACGAAGCUGCUGGCGGAGCACGCGCCGGGGGCGGCCGUGAGGCGGCGGGUGGAGGACUACCGCGGCCGCGUCGUCGCCAUAGACGCCAGCCUCAGCAUCUACCAAUUCCUCAUUGUGGUGGGAAGGAAAGGAACAGAAGCUCUGACCAAUGAGGCUGGUGAAGUCACAAGUCACCUGCAGGGCAUGUUGAACCGAACUGUAAGGAUUCUGGAAGCAGGAAUAAAACCUGUAUUUGUGUUUGAUGGUGAGCCACCUGACAUGAAACAGAAGGAACUGGCAAAAAGGUCUUUGAGGAGAGAGGAUGCUUCCAAUGAUCUAACUAGAGCUAUUGAGGUUGGAGAUGAGGAUUUAAUUGAAAAAUUUAGCAAAAGGACUGUGAAGGUCACAAAAAAGCACAAUGAAGACUGCAAGAAGCUGUUAAGCUUGAUGGGCGUCCCUGUGGUUCAGGCACCAGGGGAGGCAGAAGCACAGUGUGCAGCACUCUGCGAAAAUCACAAUGUCUUUGCUGUAGCUUCAGAGGAUAUGGAUUCGCUAACUUUUGGUGCUCGAAGAUUCCUUCGCCAUUUAACCGACCUUAGUUUCAAGAGAUCUCCUGUAACUGAAUUCGAAGUGUCAAAGGUUUUGGAAGAACUUGGACUUACGAUGGAUCAAUUUAUUGAUUUAUGUAUCCUUAGUGGCUGUGACUACUGUGAGAAUAUUAGAGGUAUUGGGGGCCAGAGAGCUUUGAAACUUAUUCGUCAACAUGGCUGUAUAGAAGAAAUAGUGCAAAAUCUUAGCCAAACAAGGUAUAGAGUCCCAGAAGACUGGCCUUACCAGGAAGUUAGGGUUUUGUUUAAGGAACCUAAUGUCUGUACAGACAUUCCAGACUUCGUGUGGACCCCACCUGAUGAGGAGGGCCUUUUAAACUUUUUGGCAACUGAAAACAGUUUCAGUCCUGAUCGAGUAGCAAAGUCUGUAGAAAAGAUGAAGACUGCUAACGAUAAAUUUUUCCUUGGGCGGUCAAAGGUUUUGGCACCAGUAGCAAACUUAGCAGGAUCUACAUCUGCUUCAGGGUCAGUGAAGGAACCCAAAUGUAUCCUGGGUGGUCCAGGGCAAGGCAUGAAGGCUAGGCCACCUCUACAAGUAUGCAAGAGCUCAAGCUCUGAUUUCAGACAUGACAAUUCAAAGGCGUUCAUGCUGCGCAGGCAAUCAGGAUUUCACAGAAUAUCUACUUGUGCUUCCAUCUGAAGCUGGAGCUGCAAUAUUCCCAUGAUUUGGCUGCUUGAAGCUUUGACUGGCACCAUCUGCUUCAUUAAGAAUUAGAAACAAUGAUCACUUGAAAUGUGUUGAGCCUAUGCUGUAUUAUUGUAGUCCAGCCUUUUGACUUGUAACCCACUAAUCAACUUGAAUGCUUGAACUUUCUCACAUCUAGCACUCGUUCUCGCUUGAGUGUUGAAGAAUUUGAUCACCUUUUAUCUGUUACCCGAAACUUUGUCGAUGUGCCAGAACGAGCAGGGAACUGGUUGAGGUCGCUUAACAUUUUUAAUGCCUUCUCUGAAAAUAUGUACAUAUAUCCUUCUCUAUCACUCACUACUGCGAUAGCCUUAGCAUGAUUUGUUUU